UCCCUCCUCCUCUCUGCUUUUCUCCGCCCCGCCCCCGCCCCUCAAGCCUCCGCCCCUUAGCCCCCGCCCCCAGCUGCCCGUCCCCAGCAGCUCAGUCCCGCAGCGAGAGUCUGGGGAGUCCAUAGCCAAGCACCAGGAGCUGAGCACUGCCCGCUGUGCCUGCCUGCGAGUCUCCGACAUGGCUCAGGAAAAAAUGGAGCUGGACUUUGAGCCUGACACAUCUGAUGGGGGCACCCUGAGGAGAUCCAACAGCGCUCCCCUGAUCCAUGGGCUCAGUGACCUCUCGCAGGUUUUUCAACCUUACACAUUUAGAACCCGGAGGAAUAGCACAACCAUCAUGAGCCGGCCCGGCUUGGUAAGUAAAGGAUUGCUGUCAUCCUCACCUAAUCGUAUUCCUAGCAGCAGACUGCAUCAAAUCAAAAGGGAGGAAGGCAUGGAUAUGAUGAACCGAGAAACGGCGCAUGAAAGAGAAAUGCAGAGCGCCAUGCAGAUAAGCCAAUCAUGGGAUGAAAGUUUGAGCCUGAGUGAUAGUGACUUCGACAAGCCGGAGAAAUUGUAUUCUCCGAAAAGGAUUGACUUCACUCCUGUUUCUCCUGCACCAUCACCCACCAGAGGGCUUGGAAAGCAGUGUUUUUCACCAUCCUUACAAAUGUUUGUGAGCAGCAGUGGGCUACCCCCAAGUCCUGUUUCUAGUCCAAGACGCUUUUCCAGCAGGAGAAGUCAGAGUCCAGUCAAGUGCAUUAGGCCCAGUGUUCUUGGUCCUCUUAAAAGAAAAGGUGAGAUGGAGACCGAGAGCCAGCCCAAGAGGCUCUUCCAAGGCACCACCAGUAUGCUGUCUCCAGAGGCUACCCAAUUGUCUGAUCUCAGUUCAUGGUGGUGUUAUCAAGGAGAAGAAAUCCCUGCCUUGACCAGAUGUGUGGAGCAUCUACAAAUGAAUGAAUAAUGUUCUUUACACCCAAACCCCUGUGUAGAAAAGCGUGUGUGGCGCUUGACAGCUUGUCUCAGAUGGUGUCACGGGGCCUCGGGGUCCGUGUCGCUCUGUAAAGACCUGCGCCGUCAGGUAGGGUAGAAGGGGGGCUUUCUGUGUCCGGUUGCCACAGACUGUGUCGACUGCUGCUUUCUUUCUCAUUACUUUUUUUUUGUCAUUGGAGCCGUUUGCUCUGUCGUGCGGUGAGUGGUGCUGCCAACUGCCUUUUGGUUCUCAUGCGGCCCCCGGAAUCAGAGUCCAGUUCUUGCACACGCUGCCUCCUAGGAGCUGCGCGAGUCAAUGUCCUUGUGCAUUCCGCUUUUAAGAAGCUGUCUGAGCUGUCACCAGUGUACCCGAUAGGACGUCUGCGGUAUCAUAAAUUACUUCACAUUUAAAAGAGGAAAAUCCUGAUUGAGCUUUUUGUAAAAAACCAAAACCAAAACCCGAGUGUAACCUAUUGCAGUGUUAUUUCUUAUUUAAAACUCUUUGCAAAAAUGUCCUUGUGGUAGAUGGCUUUUAAUGUUCAGACACGGUGUUUGGAUUGUCUGUAUUUAAUAUGCAAAUUUGCCUGCUAGGACCAGAAUAUUCCAUUUUCCAAUGAAUGUAAAAAAAACGAAAACUACUGCAUCUGUGUCUUUUGAAGUCAAAGGUCCUUGCGUUUUAAAGGAAGAUGAUGGCUUUGGGGGUACUCACUGGUAGUACUGCAGGGCUCGAAGGGAAACCUCUUCUCCUUGAAUUACAAGAGCACAGCACUUAGCUUGCCGUAAGUAGUUCUCUUGUAAGCAUCGGCUGUGGUGUCUAUUACGAAUCGUGAUAACCGCCAUCACGGCCAUUCAUGGCUUUAUUUCUCAUCUUGGCUUUCACCUGGGCAGAGCCCAUAAUCCUUGAAACCUGACAUGAAUGUAUAUAUUAUGAAGAUUGUUCUCUCGUAUGCCAUUUUAAAGAAAAAUUACUUUGAUGGUAUUCAGUGUAUUUAUUGUUUGUCAAAGAACCAUGUUGAAAGUUUCUGCUGAUAGGAUACUGAGAGGUGGUUUUCUCUUAUAAAAUAUUUAUCCACCUGCAAUCUCUUUUCUUUGCCUUAAAGGGACACUUUGGGCCAUCACUUUUUGGCUUGAAUUUAGGACUCUUAAGACAUAACCUUUGGAAUGUGAUCACUUUAAAAGUUAUUUUUGAAAUUCAGUGGCGGGGUAGAACCGAGACAGGAAAAUGAAAUUGCUCCAAUGGUACGAGAACUAGGCGAGAUGACAUUUUUUUCUCUUUAAACCAAGGUUCAUCGUUACUGUUUAAAGUGACUAGAAAGUUAAGUUUAUGCGGGGAUCGUUUUGGCAUAAAUAAAGGAAUAGAGACGCUAACCUUCAGAUGAGCUUUGUUGACAGUACUCCUUUAUUUUUAUAAAAGUUUAAUAUUUGACAAGUGAUCAUUGUUAUAAAGUAAAAAUUUUUCUUCCUAUUCUAAUACGAUAUCAUAUUUCAGGCCUGAUUUGAAACAAGUGCAAGAGAUGAUACGAUAAAAUUUAAGAGAUGCUCUUUUUGCCGGACUGACUUAUGUAAUCACUGUGUUUCCCGAUGACUGCUUUUGGAAUACUAGGAAGUUUUGUGAAAUGCCGACCUUUGUGUAUAUCUUAGAAUGCCAGUUUAAUAAAGUGUGUACACGUGCAUAGAA